CUUUGGUAUAAUUACCUAUAUGGGUUGUUGGUUUUCAUAUGGUUUUCAUGAAAAACGAGAAACCGGGUGAAAAGUUAUUUUAAUUCAUAUUACUAACUGAAAAAAAAAAGGUACUAAAGCCUUAUAGUAAUACUUGGAAACUUGUCUAUAAAAUCUUGUAGUAUACAAUUAAAUAUUUAAGUAUUUAACAGGACCGAAUAAUCAUUAAUAUUGUGAUCACCUGUGGUGAUCUCAACACAUCGAUGCCUCAAUGUGGUGUGGUGUGGCUGUAAUUUUGUUUUUAAAUUCUAAACACAACAGUGCCAAUGGACUAUACUAAGGUACGUUCAUAACAAUGGAGAACUUAAAUAACGCAUCGAUAGAGGAGAAGAUUAAUGAUAGUAAUUAUCUUAAUUUUCAUUAUACGCUAUUCGACAUAAAGAUUGACCCCGGCUUAAAGGACGACGAUGGAAAUGAGUUGCCACGACCUUUCACGAAAAGUCAGAUGCGAAAAUGGUUGAAGAAAGUACGUUGGACAAAUAGCAAAGCUGAGAAAAGAGCAAAAGAAAAGGAACGUGCAAAAGAGAGGAAGAGGGAGGCUCGUAUAGCCAACAUUGAUCUAGGCCCGAACAGAAAGGCUUUAAAGAAAAUGAAAUUGGAGAAACCAAAACGAAAUAUAGGAAUUAUAAUUGAUCUCAGUUUUGAGAAUUUGAUGAUAGAAAAAGACAGGUAUAAAGUCAUAAAGCAAAUUUUAAGAUGUUAUUCUGUUAAUAGGCGUUCAGAAUCACCCCUCCAAUUUUAUGUUACUAGUUUUGGAGAAAAAUCUAAAAUAGAUAUGUCUAGACAUAAUGGUUAUGAAAAUUGGGAUAUAGUCUUUCAAGAAACAUCCUAUCUAGAAACUUUUCCUAAGGAAAAACUGUUUUAUUUAUCAAGUGAAUCUGAUAAUGUAAUAGAAUCUUUUGAAGAAGACACAUACUACAUAAUUGGAGGAUUGGUUGAUCAUAACCAGCAUAAGGGUCUCUGUCAUAAGAUAGCAGUGGAACAAGGAAUUCGACACGGCCAGCUUCCUUUGGGCAAAUAUGUCAACAUGAAAACUAGAAAAGUUUUAACUAUUGACCAUGUGUUCGAGAUUGUCCUGAGGGUUUGUGAGGGAAUGUCUUGGCAAGAUGCCCUCAUAAAAGUUCUACCAUUGCGGAAAGGAGCACACAUUUGUCAUUCUGCAAGUAAUAAUUCCUCAAAUGUUGAUAGUUCAUGUGACAGUGAUACCCAUUAAUGUUACUGGUUUUGUUAUACAAAUCAAUAAGUAUUUGUUCCAAAUGUGUAUAAAUAUAAUAUUUAUUUAUAAACUUAUAGAUAUUCAUUUGUAUUAAAUACAAAUAGAAUAAAGCUCAUUUCUCACUAUGGGAUAUAAAUUAUAUUAUCUGGUCAAAAUAGGCAUUCUAGGUUACAAUAAUUCACAUAGAGCUAAAAAUUGGCACAAAUGUUGGGAACACCAAUAUAAAUGAAUUCUGGAAGUCCCUAUCAAUCCCACAUUUGCAAAAAAAAAUAUUCAAGGUUACACAGUUAGCUCACAAAAAUGGAAUAAGUGUAAACAAUUUUUAUAGAUAAUUUCAUGAUCCGGUAAACCUUACCGUUUAGCUGGAAAAUGCAAAAAUCCCCUUUUUUGUGAACUUUGUCCUUGAAUAAUUUUUAUUUGCAAGGGUAGGGAAUUUUCAGAACUCAUUUAUAUGGUGUUCCCAACAUUCGUACCAAUUUUUAGGUCUAUGCAACUUAUAACCUUGAAUGUCUAUUUUGCCAGAUUAUAAUACAAUUUAUGUAUUAGUAGUGAGAAAUGAGCUUUAGAAAUAUUUAUUUUAUAAGAAAUAAAAUUAAUUGAAUUUAA